CUGAGCUGCACUGUUGUGGAUGUAAAAAAAAAUGGAUCACUUCGCAACAGAGCGGUGCAUUUAGUUUCGGGAAUGCGGGAUUAGCUAAUGCGAUAUAUGAGGGGAGAGAGUGUAAACGGGUCACCUUCCAUCGCUCUCUUCCUACGUUGAUUCAGUACCAAGUCCGGUGCACUAAACGGAAGAAGGAAUUGCUUUUGUGUUUGUUUAUUUGCUUGUUCUGGAAAACACUGCAUAUGCAGCAGCAGCAAGUCAUGUUCAUAUAGGAAAUCAGUCUGCAAAAUGUGUCACAGAUAGUAACUAGUCUAAGCGUGCAACAAAGCGAUUAAUGUUAUAUCAUUGGUGCAAGCAGGACAUGUAAACACUGUGAAGGCAUUGUGUAAUAUGCAAGGGCGUUCUCCACAGUUUUACAGGGAUAUGUUGUGAUGCAGCUACCGCAUGCAUACCUGUGUGCACAACCUCAGCGAAUAGAACUACCAGCACGGCCAGGUUGGAGGCGAAAGGAGGCUGAUUGCACUGCAGCCACUGCAGCUACUCCAGUAGUCGCUGGAACAGCUGGGUACUAUUCUCCAUUUGUUUUUAGCUACAGUAUGGAUCUAUUACGACUGCUGGUGCCACUACAUGACGAAUCCAAUUUCGCGAAAUCUGAGGACGUAUAACAGAUGCAGUAAUCAAUAACAAGCAAAAGGGAUCGUUUUACGCCGGUGACAGGACUGUGGGUUCAUUUGAUGUGCCGUGGUGGGAAUCCAGAUCGGUAUAUAUAUGUAAGCACGGGUGGCGUGCCUGCUAGCUGACUGUGUGUGGGAGUCAAGACGGUUCGCCUUGUUGAAAUCGGUGUGCGUGUGUUUGUAUUUCCAGCUAAUAAUAUUAACACACGCACGCUCUACUGUGCACGAGAGGGAGUGACACAAGUUAAACGCAGCUUUUCAUUUUAAAAACUCUUUGGAUGGAAGUCGAAAGCCGUAUUGAUAAACAGCGGACCACAGUCACGGAGUUUCACUGUUUUCAGUUAUCAAAGCCGUUCAAAAUUUACCGCCCUGAGAGCAGAACUGGGAAGGACUUUGGAGAAUGAAGCCUUCUGGGAACGAUGCCACCGAAGCUGCUUUUCCUGGCACUUGUAGGAUCCUCUGAUUGCAAGAACCACGAGUGUGACAGAGUGACUCCGAGUCCAAUUCUCUGACUGACUGCAGUUCCACGGAGUGGUAAUUUGCUUGGAAAAUGGCUAAAAAGUCCAGGACAAUCACUAAAGUGCACCUCGUCUUCAAGAUCACUUAAGAGUUUUGAGGAUUAUCCUCGCCGUUGAGAGUCGUGGAAAGUGGGCACCCUGGAGAAACCCAUGCAGGCUCGGAAGAAAUACAUCCUUCUAGCUUUCUGUGCCUCCUGGCUCCUGGUGUUCUACUUUGGAGGGGCCCAGAUCCGGCUCCUGAACUACGUGUCGCGGAGGAAGAGCGAGGAGGUGAGACCGUGGCCCCUGUGGGUAGACAGGCAUGCCCUGCAGGGCUACGCUCCUCUCCAUGAACUCCAGAACGAUGGGGCUUCCCACCAGGGCUCCCCUAAAUCCAAAAGCGAGACCAGGACCAACAUCUACAAGAACAGCAGGUGCCGGAUGGAAACCUGCUUUGAUUUCUCCAAAUGCGAAAAGUUUGGAUUCAAAGUGUACGUCUACCCCUUGGAGAAAGGGGACCGCGUGUCGGAGAGCUAUCAGAAGAUCAUCACCUCCAUCGUGGAGUCCAGAUACUACACCCCCAACCCCCAGGAGGCCUGCUUGUUCGUCCUGAACAUCGACACUCUGGACCGGGACCAGCUGUCCGUGCAGUAUGUCCACAACGUCAACGAGAGAAUACGAGGCUUCCCUCUGUGGAACGAUGGGAGAAACCAUCUUGUUUUUAACCUGUACUCAGGCACGUGGCCCAACUACACCGAGGACCUUGGGCUUGACUUGGGGCAGGCCAUUCUUGCCAAGGCCAGCUUCUAUGUGGAACACUUUAGGCCGGGGUUUGAUAUUUCCAUCCCCCUGUUUUCCAAAGAGCACCCCCAGAAAGGUGGGGAGAGAGGCUGGCUUGUCUAUAACAACGUCCCCCCUCGUCGAAAAUAUCUGCUAGUUUUUAAAGGGAAGCGGUACCUGACCGGGAUUGGGUCAGACACCAGGAAUGCCUUACACCACAUCCACAAUGGGAAGGAUAUUAUUUCCCUCACCACCUGCAAGCACGGGAAGGACUGGGAGAAACACAAAGACAGCCGGUGUGAUUGGGACAACAAGGAAUACGAACAGUACGACUACCAGGAGCUCCUACACAACUCCUCCUUCUGCCUGGUCCCCAGAGGGAGGCGCCUGGGGUCCUUUCGCUUCCUCGAGUCCCUGCAGGCUGCCUGUAUCCCUGUUCUCCUGAGUAACGGCUGGGAGCUGCCCUUCUCUGAUGUGAUUGACUGGAAGCAGGCUGUGAUUGAGGGAGACGAGAGACUGCUGCUGCAGAUCCCUUCAACGGUGCGUUCCAUUAACAGCGACAAGAUCCUGGCAUUCCGGCAGCGCACACAGAUGCUGUGGGAGGCGUACUUCUCCUCCGUCGACAAGAUAGUCCUGACCACGCUGGAGAUUAUAAAGGACCGUGUGUUCGGCCGGGUGUCACGUAAUAAACUGAUGUGGAACACGCUGCCCGGGGGUCUGUUUGUGCUUCCUGAGUACUCCUCUCACCUGUCAGACUUCCCCUUCUACUACCUGAACCAGGGUCUCAGCCCCAGGCAGGAGUUCACAGCUGUCAUCCACGCUGUCUCUCCUCUCCUCUCCCAGUCACAGCCCAUCAUGAAGCUCCUGCAGGUGGUCUCCAAAUCAAAGUACUGCUCUCAGAUCAUCAUUCUGUGGAACAGUGAGAAGCCGGCCCCUCCUCGGAGCAGAUGGCCCGAGACCCCCGUCCCUCUGAGCAUCGUGGAGGGCAAGAGGAAGAUCAGCAGCCGUUUCCUGCCCUACAGCGACAUCACGACGGACGCAGUGCUGAGCCUGGACGAAGACACCGUGCUGCUGACCAGCGAGGUGAACUUUGCGUUUGUGGUGUGGUGCAGUUUCCCUGACCGGAUCGUGGGGUACCCGCCACGCAGCCACUUCUGGGACAACAGCAAGCAGAUGUGGGGUUACACCUCCAAAUGGACCAACGAGUUCUCCAUGAUACUGACCGGGGCAGCCUUUUACCACAGGUACUAUCACCACCUCUUCUCUCACUACCUCCCCACCGCACUGCGGAGCCUCGUUGACCAGACAGGAAACUGCGAUGACAUCCUGUUCAACUUCCUUGUGUCAGCCGUCACCCAGCUGCCCCCCAUCAAAGUGAUACAGAGGAAGCAGUACAAAGAGGUGCUGUCCACACAGGGGAUGAAGAGCUUGCACUGGGUGAACCCCGAUCACUUCUCCCAGCGGCAGGACUGUAUGAACGUCUUCGCCCACUGGUUUGGCUACAUGCCGCUGGUGCACUCCCAGCUCCGGCUGGACCCCGUGCUCUUCAAGGACCAGGUCUCCAUCCUGCGCAAGAAAUACAAAGACCUGGAGCGGCCCUGAGGCGGGAGGGGAGACAACGCAACCUCCAGCACAGAGGAGCACUGCUGCAGGACCCCCUUGAGGGGCUCAGGGCCUGGGGGGCUUGGGAUGGAGGAGGGAGGGUAGGGACUAGAGACAGUUAGGAUCGCGUCUGGCUCCCCUCCUUACCUCCAUCCCUCCCUCCCUAGAGAGUAGUAACUGGAUCUGCGUAGGGAAGGGACCCAUAUUUCCAGAUUUCUCCUUUGUCUUACAAGAAGAAAGUCUCAUCCCAAACUAGUACUAGUCGGCUGCGUGGUAUUUCAAUGGCGUCCCGCUGCAGAUUGGAAAAGGUUUCACAGCGCAGACGUUUGAUUGACGUUAGUUGGAUAAACGGCAGAAAACCGUGACAUCACCCCUCUUGCAUAGUGCGUUCCUCAUUAAUAAAUGAAAAAAACGUGAGCAUCAAAUAUAGACAGUGGGAACGACAGAUAGCCCCCAUAUACACCCAGAUUACUUAGUAACAUCCCUAGAGAAUAUCCUUAGCAAGUUUCAUCAUAACUGGGCAAGCAUUUCUCUAGAUACAUGUAACUCAUACACAGUAUAUCUGACGGUUGAACAUGCCUACAGACAUGCUCCAGAUACUGAUGAUUAUUAUACAUUGUAAAGCUGCUGCUGAAGAAAAGCCUAGGCUAGUUUUAUAUUCAAACAUGGAACAUGUGACAGCUAUUUGAAACCAUUUUGUGACCAUUACAAGAACACAAGCAUGAACACUACACUGUAUCAAGGUUUGUACUGCCUGGUUCCAGACCAGUGUAGGUGUGUGUGGUUUAUAUUGCUGAUGGUGCCUGUUCAGCAAGGAUGGGGGAAGACUGUGUGGUUCUCUUUAUUUAAGAAUAUAUCUUAUAUACUGUAUACGUCAGGGCCUAAAUGGGGUAGAUGAUGAUCUAUGUUUAGUGAACAAGAGGGUCUGAAUGAGGUUAAUUGAAUACUUUUUUGAGUGACUGUAUAUUCUAAGUAUAUCUGAUAAAAUAAUAAAAUAUAUUUGCGGUA